UACAUUACGCUUUAUUAUGUUGUACAAGUUUUAUUUUUAAUUUUGGAAAGUAAAUUAAUAAAAAUCGCACUAUUUAUUUCCUUGGAUGCUACAGUGCGGUUUCUCUUCUCUGCUGCUAGAAAACUUGCAGCUCGCAUUUCCAGACUAGGGUUUUUAGCCAGUCAAAUCAGAUAAGAUACAUAUUACAUAAUAGAUAUAGAUACAUGGUUCUAUGGUGUUGAGUUUUAGUGCAUCGUGUGAACCUAUUGAAGGAGAGGUUUUGGAGAUGGAAAUGGAAAUGGAUGUGGACGUGGAUGUGGAUGUGGAUGUGAAUGGGGAUGGGGAGUUGGUGUUCGAGGCACGAGAAAUUGAUCUUGAUUACGAGUUUGAUGCUGCAAUGUUCUUUGAUUUCACUCGUGAGGAGUCUCCCGCGGAGGCGCGUGAGGCUGAACGGUGGUUCGAGGCGGCGAAGAGCUAUCCUCCGUCCCCUUUUGUGGCAAAGUUGGUGUUGAGAGAGGACAGUUUGCUGGAGGACGUUGGUACCUCUCCGAAAUCUAAAGAUGUGGACGAUACAACCACUUUGCUCAGUGAUGAAUGCAGUGAUGGUCUGGGCCCAGAAGUUCCCGCAAUAGAGGUUGACAACAAAGAACGGGAAGGAAUGUAUAGGGGGAUCUUCGCCAACUUGCAAAGUGGCAAUCUUCAAAAACUUUCACAUAGACCACUGGAAAUGGGGACAGGAUUGGCUUAUUAUAAUCAUACAUCUUCUUAUAAAUCAAGAGCAAAGGUUAAGUCUAAUGCAAAGCCAAAUCUUCCUAGGAUUUCAACUUUGAUGAAACCUACGGCAAGCAUGUUGGCAAAGCAAAAUCAGCCCCCUCAAAUUGAUGGUUCCAGAUUUCAGAUGUUACUGGUUCAAAAGGAGAAAAGCUUACAUAAUUCUUCUGCGGUGGAAAGUCAAGCUGCAAAGAGGCAGAAGCUAGAGGGAGGUCACUCCCAUAAGGUUGGUGAUGCAAAGCAGCAAACUUAUUUCAUCCACAAGGCACCUAAAAAGGAUGGAACUGUCGAUAAAAGCUCUGCUCAUUCAAAGCUCAGGCUUACUAUUCCAAGAGAGCCUGACCUUGAAACAGCACAUAGGGCACAAAGGAUUAGGCCUAAAAAUAGCACAGAAGUCGAAAAUGUGAAGAUGGCUGUACGAAGAUUCAGAGCACGUCCAUUGAACAGAAAAAUUCUUGAGGCUCCUUCAUUACCUCUCCCGAAGAAGAGCACUCCUAAGUUGCCAGAGUUUCAAGAAUUUCACCUGAAGACAUUAGAGAGGGCAAUGCAGCAUACAUCUACAGUUUCAUCUUCCUUGCUUCAGCACAGUGAUCCUGAAAAGGGGUUGGACAAACCUGGUACAACUACAGUUGCAGAAAAUGGAACGAGAGAAUCCAGAAGACCAAGAACCAUGGACUCUCAAAAGCUGGACGAAUGUAAUACAGCACAUAUAUUUACAGCUCGUCCUCUGAAUAAGAAGAUAUUUGCAAGCAAAGGAGAUAUUGGUGUUUUUCGAAAUAGCAAGCGAGAAACCACAGUGCCAAUGGAAUUUAAUUUCCAUACGGAGAAGAGGAUUCAGCAUAAUCCACCUAUAGAGCUUUUUAGUAAGCUAUCUCUGACAUCUGAGCUCCAGCCAAAUAAUGGAUCUCGACUGCAAUUGCCUCGACCAAGUUGUAUAUCCAUGAAGGGCCCAAAAGAAAAUAGGCUGAAUCAUUUGCAAACAGAACAUAAGAUAGCACAUUCAGCGAGAGGAAAGCCACCAAUUUUUGGUGGAAAGCAACCUCAAUGCGGUGAAGUUGGAAACCAAUUGAGCAUUAGGAGCUUGGGUUUUUGGUAACAGAGACAUCAAAUGGUAUUCUGCACAGCAUCAGAUGAGUUUCUGCUGUUAAAUAGAUGUCUCAUGGAUGUAUACUUGAACAUUGCAGAACAGCUGAAAAAUAUAUCAACCUUUUUGUUGUAUACAGAAUCGAUGAGAAUUCACAUCGAUGAAAAGGAAUUGUUUAGCUCUGAAGAAACUGAUAUCACAUAGUUAUGUUAGGCUGACUUCUGUCUCCAACAAUUUGUAGUUCUCUGUCUAAAUUCAAUAAAAUUAGUUGCUGGCCGGUGUUGUACAGCCGUUAGGGCCUGCUCAACCGAAUACCAACUGUAGGUUUUCUGUAGUAUAUAUGAUGGCUUUUAAUGAAAAAUCAGAGAUUGUCUCAAGGCGGUUUAUGCUGAAGAUCUCUCACAGAUAUAUAGAAAUAAAGGCUAAGAUAGUUUUAAUUCGCUA